CUUGAUAUCCACCAGCGACCAUCCGGGUUUAUUUCCGGGUGUUUUUGGAAUAGUGCAAUUUCACACGCCAACCGUCCCAACGGUCACUUUGGUUAAUUUAAAGCCUUCUCCUCGUCACCCUCCUUCUAGAAAAAGCAGAGGCGAUCGAAAAAAACCCCCAAAUUGCCCCCUCUCCAUCAUCUACUCCCUCCGAUCCAAACCUUAAUCUCCACCCCGUCUAAUCCGAUCGAAUCCAGGCCCUAAUUCUCAGAUCCCAUCCAUGGCGUCCCUCUCCUCCCCUCCGCCGCUCCCCCCCGCGGCGGCGGCGCUCCGCCGCUCUCGCCGCCCCGCGCCGAUCGCCGCGGCGGCGAAUCCGGCGCCGGCGCCGUUGCCGUCGCCGGAGCCGACGAGGCGAUCUCCGUGGUGGGCGCCGCUGUUUCGCCCGAUCCUCGGCGACGUGGCCGGAGGGGGCGGCGGAGCGGCGGCGGCGGCGGAGAGGGAGAGGGGGAGGUUGACGGCGGAGAAGGCGAGGGUCCUGAGGAGGGAGACGAGGGCGACGGAGGGGUGGCACGACGCCAUGUAUCACUCUGCCAUCGCCUCGCGCCUCGCCUCACCCGACGAUCUCGAGGUUUGAAACGGCGAUCCUGAAUAUAAUGGGUAUGCGCUAAGUAACCCACCGCCCUUGUUUUCAUGUUUCUAAUGUAGAAGAAACCCGUGUAUGAUAUAUAUAUAUAUAUAUACUGGUCAAGUUUGUUAGAUGGACGUUGGGUUUUAUAUGUCUAUGCCCUUUUUGAUGUCCUGUAAGAAAAAAAGAAAAAAAAAAAAGUUAAAGGUAAGUUUUGUUUUGUUUGUA